AUGGCGGAGGGGGCGCAGGAGGGCGUGUGCCAACCUCUCCUGGGAGAGUCGUCCGGGCGGCGGGGCACCGUCCUGGUCCUUUUGGUCUACUGCGGCCUCGGGGCGCUCCUGAUGGCCGACUAUGUCUGGGGGUUUGCCACACUGGUGCAUAGAUACCACACUGCCAUGGGCCUCUGGGGCCGCAUGGCGCAGCCGAGUCUCAACUGGCUGCGAUACACCUACUACGCAAGCAUGGGCUUGGCUGCGGUGGGCUAUUUCCCCGCACUGGCCCAUAUGCUUGUGGUCGCAGGCACCCUGCCCAAACAUGUGGUGGAUCGGAUUUGCGGCUUCUUUGCCAUCUUCUUCUUCACGGAGCUCUUCUGGCUCCCCAUGUGCGUCGCCUACCUGGACAAGCCGAACGCCACACUCUUCCUGUUCAUCCGGCUGCAACUCGCAUGCUCGGGACUCUCGGCCAUAGCGUGGGCCUACUCCGUGCUGACCAUUCCAAGUAGUUCCGUGGAGGUCUCAGGACGACCUUUGCAACUUGCAGCCUUCGCCGGCACGUCCUACUUCGCCUUUCACUGCGCCGUGCUAGAUGGCAUCCUGUGGCCACCCAUGUUUCACGCGUGA